CCUAAAUGCGUUCCAUAACCGCAAUCCCUUUAUAGUGUCACUUUACCAGUUACUCAUGUAACACAAGUGAAUGCAUGUUAAUGUAAAUGUUUUUGUGAUAAAACACUCACUUUGGUAAUUGUAUUAAUUUUGUAUUCAAACCGCCUGUACAAAAAUACAUUAAUUAAUGUUUGGAUCUUGAAAAAAAAAAAAAGAAGCAAUUAUAGGUUGAGAAAAAACAAGUAUUGAAAAAUGAUGGACCGCGUGAAUAAAGAUUUGCUUCCUAUGAAAGCACAUUAUUUUCUAUUUAAUGCAGGUACCGGGCCUGUUCAACCGUUCCUCUCCACAUAUGCAAGACAGCUAGGGUUUUCCGCUACAAUCGUAGGAGUAAUUUACACAAUUUUGCCUAUAAGUGGCAUGCUUGCGAAACCGAUCGUCGGUGCCAUAGCUGACCGUUUCAGGUGCCAAAAACUGAUGUUUUUGGCUGCACAGCUAUUAACGGCAGCUGCCUUUUUAGCAAUCAAUUUUUCACCUGAAAUCCCGAAAGACCAAAAAGUCCACUUUGCGUGUGACGGUGAUGCAGUUUUUGAUACUUCACCGCUCACAAAAGUCGAAAUUGAUGACUGUCUCGUCGACCAGUUCCAGAAAAUACCGGGAAAUGUUACUUGUCGAUUAAGUUGUCCAAUGGAGGAGCAGUUUUGGAAAGUGGUAACCCAGUACUGGAACGCGUCGGAAUACCAGAAUUACCAUCCAGAUAAAUUCGAAUUCACUGCGUUUGUUGUUCGGGAAAAAACUGUGAGAAUUAACAACGCCACCUAUUUUGGUUUUAAAUAUGUGGAACUGAACAGUGGUAAAACCACCAAAGCUUUAUGUCCAUGUGGUAAAGAGUGUCACAUUUCGACUGUUUGUGACAUCACUUGUGAUGACUAUAAUUUGAACAAUAUGGUCACUCAGACAGCAGUGAGUGAUGAAGAUGUUUACAGUAAAUCACAAUUUUGGAUCUUCCUCGUACUCAUGAUAUUCGGUUGGGUGGGACAAGCCGUGGUUGUCAGUGUCGGAGACGCCAUCUGUUUUCAGUUACUGGGCGACAAACACAACCGGUAUGGCUACCAACGUCUCUUUGGAGCCUUAGGCUGGGGAAUCUUCAGCGUCAUUGCGGGCGUUAUGGUGGACUCUCUGAGUGAAGGUUCUUCGAAGAAGAACUUUGAAUCUGCCUUUUACCUCUCCUUUGCCUUUUUACUCCUAGAUUUUGCAAUUUCUAGUAAUAUAAAAAAUGCUCAAACAAAUCAGUCUACCAGUAUUCUCAAGGACGUGGGCCGAUUACUGGUCGAAUUUCGCAUUGUAGUUUUCCUAAUUUGGUGCAUAGCAGUGGGCAUGUGUACGGCUCUAAUGUGGCAGUUCCUAUUCUUCCUGAUCGAAGAUCUUGCCAAAAAUCAGGGUUGCGAUUCCCAAGAGUGGAUCAAGACUCUCGAAGGGAUCGUUCAGGCUAUUCAGACACUCGCGGGAGAAAUGCCGUUUUUCUUCUGGUCGGGGAAGAUUUUGAAGCGUAUUGGACAUAUAAAUGCAAUGUCGCUGGUUCUUUUGGUCAUAGGGAUAAGAUUUACACUGUAUUCAGUUAUAACCAAUCCUUGGUGGUUUUUACCCAUUGAGUUUCUCAACGGGUUGACUUUUGGCCUGUUUUAUGCCUGCAUGACGAGCUAUGCAAGUGUCGCAGCGCCGCCGGGGACUGAAGCAACAAUGCAGGGCCUCGUGGGUGCCAUUUUCGAGGGCGUCGGCGUAUCAUUGGGCAGUUUCGUAGGUGGACUCAUAUACGACGCAUACAACGGCCCUUGGACCUUUAGAUUGUUUGGCAUCGGGGCACUUAUAACAUGCUUGUUGCAUGCUGGUGUUCAAUACCUGAUUAAACGAUCAGGUAAUAAGGGUUCAGAUUAUGAGGCUCGAUAUACGUCGCCUUCCGAGGCCUUUAAUGCUCUCUAUGACGAUCAACAAGAAAUGACAUUAGUCGAAUGACAACACGUGGAUAAAACGCUUUUGCAACGACAUUCAACUUUAAGCAAUGAAAAAUACGAUUUUUGCUAUGGUAGAGCAUUACUUAACGGUGAAUUUUGUCGAAGCAAACCUAAUGUGAUAGCUACGUAAUCCCUGCCUUAAUCUGAAACAUCAGUGGCAAAUUCCACAAAAUUAUCAUCGUCCUUGACCCACAUUUAAAUAAACACUGAUGUUUCAUUACUUGAAUAUUAGAAUUGUAUCUGAUUUAGGAUUAGGUACCAUUUUUAUAAGAUUUUUGUCUCAAAUAAUUAUUGAAAUUUAGUUAUGUUACGCUCAGGGAUCAUAAAAAACUUAAGCCGGCUUAAGUUACAGACGAAUUUAUUAAAUCCUUUUAUUACUUAAGUAUUAUAUUGUUUCUCGACUGUCCUCGAGUUAACCUUCAUUAAUCACGAAAGGUUAUUUUGCUUACGUAGAUUUCUUGUUGUUAGCUUAGGAAUAUUUUAUUUAUAAUCAAGCAGAGGGCAUUAAAAAAAGUAGAAGAAUUUUUUAUAAAAAUUAUGAAAUUAUUGUGAUAUCUUGUGAAAGUUAUUUAUUAGUGCAAUUUACUAACAAGUUAUCAGUAUUUUGGUUCCUUUAAUUAACUUUGUAAUUAUAUGUAUUAUGGUCUCUUUCUACAUUUUUUAAGUUAUUAAUUUGUUACUUACCUUUGUUAUCUUAUUUCUACUUACCUGUUAUAAACUAGUAGUAUUGUAACAUUAAUUUUACUUGUUUUUGUAAUUGUAUAUUUUGUCUCGUGGUUUUGUGCAUAGGAAGUGAAUAAAUUUGUUAUUAUUAAA